CCUUUAGAUAAGAUAACACGGACGGGAAUAGGGCCAGGACAAAGGGGACGCCAAAAUUUAAGGUUAUCAAAUAUUACAUCUGUAAUGGGAGAUGAUAGAAAAAGACGGCAAACGAAUGGUGGCACCGACGGUAAUGAAGUGAUCGGAGAAAGAUCGUCGUCAAUAUGUGGACCUCGUUUCAUGGCCAUCACCGGUGUCUUGACAGUUCUACUGGUAAUAGCAGUGAUUCACGUAGCAACAAGCGAAAACAAGAAGAGUUAUUUUGACGAACUUUUAAGCACAGGGGGAGCUAUAAGAUCUGCAAGAUAUGCUCGGUCCCAUGACGAAGCGACGACUAUCAAGGCCGGCGGGGUAUGCCACACCAAAGAGUGUAAAAAAGUGGCUAACUAUAUCAAAAGUUCAUUAAACCUCAAGUCUGAUCCUUGUACGGAUUUUUACGAUUAUGUUUGCGGGGGAUGGAAGAAAAAAAAUCCCAUCCCAAGAAGUUCAUCUACUUAUUCUACUUUUACCAAACUCAACAGUCAAGUUGAAAAAUCUUUACGAGAGAUUCUAAAUGCUGGGAUAAAAAGUAUUGAAGGAGCGAAUAAAGAACUCAUGAAAAUGCCUUCAGAUAUUUAUCACUCGUGUAUGGACUUGGAUACCAUAGAUAAAGUCGGCGACAAGCCAGUAAAAAAACUUAUCAAGGAAAUGGGAGGAUGGAGUAUGGACGAGAAGAAUAAAGUUUGGGAUGAGAAGACUUGGGAUUUUAAGAAGAUCCUUCUUUAUAUUCAUAAGCAGUAUACGUCGGCUGGAGGACCGUUGUUCUCUGUGCAUAUUAGUGAUGAUCCUGUAAAUAACAGCAGGCAUGUUAUAGAUAUCGAUCAAGCUGGACCUAGCCUUUCUAGAGAAGUAUAUUUUGACAACAAGAAGAUCAUUAAAGCCUACAAACAAUUUAUCAUCGAUGUUGGAACUUUGUUGGGCGGAGGAAAAAACAUUGAAAAGAGUGCACAGGGGAUCAUUGACUUUGAAACCCAACUUGCAAAUAUCAGCGUACCUGAUGCAGACAAGAUUGAAAGCUGGUUUCACAGGAUGACUGUCAAGGAAUUGAAGAAGGAAGUGCCUGAAUACGACUGGCUUAAUCAUCUAAACACAAUGUUUACGACGGACAAGAUACAAGAAAGCGAGGAGCUCACCGUACCUGCUCUGCCUUACUUGAAGAAGCUGAUGAAGUUAGUCGAGAACACACCAAAAAGUGUGUUGUCCAAUUAUCUUGUGUGGAACGUCAUCCAAGAUGAGGUAUCUUUUCUGUCCAAGCCCUAUAGAGAUGCACGGACAAAAUACAGAGAUAGUGUACUUGGUUCUAAAGGUCAAAAGAAGCGAUGGAAGACAUGUGUUUCCUACACUAACGAGUUGGUGGGAGAUAUACUAGGUGCUGCUUAUAUCCGAAAACAUUUCGACAAACAUAGCAAAGAAAUGGCAAAGUCAAUGAUUCUGGAAGUUCGUAAAGCAUUCAAAGACAACGUGAAUUCUCUUCCCUGGAUGGACAAGCUUACCAAGGCGGCGGUGUCAGAAAAGGCGGAUGCAAUGAGCGACGAGGUCGGUUUUCCAACUUAUCUCAUCGACAGCAAGAAGUUUAUCAAGAAAUUCAAGAAAUACAAUGUCGUCAUCAUAAAGGACAACGCCCUCUUCAAUAACAGAAUGGCUAUACUCAAGAUGGCCCACCAGAGAAUGCUGAAGAAAUUAAGAAAACCUGUUGAUAGAGAAGAGUGGCCAAUGGAUCCUCAAACUAUUAACGCCAUGUACAGUUUUAAUGAAAAUGAGAUGAUUAUCCCAGCAGCAAUCUUACAACCUCCUUUCUUCUACCCCAAAGGAAGCCCAAUUUCCCUUUCCUUCGGUGCUAUUGGUUCCAUUCUCGGGCAUGAAAUGACACAUGGAUUCGACAAUACUGGAAGGAAAUUCAACAAGAAAGGAGAGCUGACGGCUCAGUGGUGGUCAAGCAACUCGCUCAAAGAAUUUAAUGUUAAGGCUGAGUGUAUUGAGAAACAAUACUCACACUACAAAGUAGCAGGAAAAUUCCCAAUCAAUGGUAAACUCACUCUUGGUGAAAAUAUUGCUGACAAUGGUGGAUUCAAAUCCUCCAUCAAGGCGUACAAUAAUUGGUUAAAGAAAAAUGGCGAUGAAACUUGGAAGCUUCCUGGACUGAAUUUCACCAAUGAACAGCUGUUCUACAUUGGAUUUGGACAGGCGUAUUGCAGUAACAGUAGACCUACGGAGCAGUAUCUGGCGACACUCAGUGACCACCACUCAGAGGAAAAAUUCAGGGUGAUCGGAACGCUAUCAAACUCCUACGAGUUUUCCGAAGCAUUCAAGUGCAAAGGAAAAAGCCCGAUGAAUCCUUCAAUCAAGUGUUCUGUCUGGAGUAAUGAAGGGCCAAUCCUCUAGUGAUACCCUAUAACUGGGCUUCCUGUGUACAAAGAACAGUUUGAUUCGACAUUGAUUUUUGGUGUGCGUAUACUUAAACCGGGAUAGUGGAGCCAAACAGAAAUCAGCAGAAAAAAGCAACCGGUUUUCAACAUUUUUUUUUUGUUUCCACGAGAAAAAGACGAUCUAUUUGUUUACACGUAACAUUAUGGCCAUAUAUAAGCCAUUCCGAGAUUGAGGGAGGCUGUGCCAUUGUGGGACUGUUUUAGCGGACUAAAUAGAUGUCAUCUUGGAAAUAUUUCCUCUAAAACAGCCCCAAAAUGCACUGCAAAGCAAACUCGACCCAGUUUUUCCUCAACCUUGGAUUCACUUAUAACUGUUCUCGUACAGUACAGGCGGGUUUCUGAUUGAGUUGGAAAACUUUGUUUUCAUUCUACAUUUUGAUUGGUUCUCGCUAUCUAACAGGUCUAAGUGGCCAUGGUUUCAUGAUCAGUUUUCGCAUAUUCAUCGUCUUGUAGCACUAGAUCAAUUAAAACAUUAUACAUUGUACGUUAGUUUGUUUAAAAUAUUUUUUGAUUCUAAAACAAGGAUUUCCAAUACCGUCGACUAAAACGGACGGUUAGUUUUUUUAGAGAUUGGACGGUUUCGCUGCCAUAAAAAACAAACCCAAAUGACUGCGUAAUUUCAUUCCCAAUGCAUCAAAACUCAAAACGUUUCUUCAGUAGAAAUGUAAACCCUUCACUGAUAGUCUACUGACUAGGGAGGACAGCAGUCAUUCAGCUCCUGUCACACUUUGCCUUCCAUAUCGAUCACGUGCUCAUUACCUUGAUCGUUAUGACUUUCUCAAUUUCUUCCUCAAUUGUUUAUGCGUGAGCAGAAUGCAUAGGUCCGACCCAGACAAUAGUGGAAUUCAAAUCUUGUCCCACAAACAACUACGCAGUAUUUGUUUUAAAGAGUACUUCAAGGCAAUUUUCUUUUCUUUUCUCAGGGCAUUAAAUCUUUGAUUUAUUUUCCGCGAUCAGAGUUUUCAAUUCUGAGAUAUUCUAGCUAAUUUGUUGAGCUUGUGAUACUUAGCAACAGUAAGUAAGGGUAGUCGGAAUUGUGAAUACUAAAGCAAAUUGAAUGGAUUUAUAAAAUCUGAUGUAACAUUCUGUACAGAAUUAUCCAGUAAGAUAUCAAUAUUUGAUAUGAAGGCCUUGGUCCAGCAGAAUAAAUCUGCAGCAUUGCAUUGUAUAACUGAUUAAUGAAACUUGAUGUAAAGUAACGUAAAAUAAAUAUUUGAGCCAAAAAGA